AUGGAUAUCAGUGCUAUUGAAGAUAGAUGUGCAGAUCUCACGAUAGAUAAGGAAGAAGUGGGAGGUCUUGAGGCUCCUGAUGUGCAUGGCCCUUCUGAACAACCUUCUCAUUGGGAGGUGGUUGGCCGCUUCCUUACUGACCGUUUAAUCAAGUUUGAGCAUAUGCAGCAAGUUCUUGCAUCGGUUUGGCAGCCAAUUAUGGGUAUGCGAGUCCUAUCUCUUGAAGACAACCUGUUUCUAUUCCAAUUCCCUCAUUACAAGGAUGUGCAACGAGUUUUCGAUGACGGACCUUGGUCGUAUGAAAACAAUCUUCUGGUGUGUAAGCAGGUUGCGAUCGGCUUUCGACCGGAGGAUGUGGUGUUAGACUCGGUCGACUUUUGGAUCCAGAUUGAUGGUUUGCCGUCUGUUUAUGCAACAAGCGAUUUUAUACAGCAAAUCAGGAACUAUGUUGGUUCUUUCUUGUCUGUUGAUCCGAAUAACUUUGGUUCAGGUCGCCGAAGCUAUUAUCGUAUUAGGGUUCGAAUAAAUGUUUUAACCCCUUUGAAACGUAGGAUGAAGUUGAAUCGCAGAGAUGGAACUUCUCAAUGGGUAACCUUUAAGUAUGAAAGGUUAAGUAUCUUCUGCUUCUGCUGUGGUUUACUUGGUCACUCCGACAAGUUUUGUAGGAUGGUGUAUGAAAAGGGUAUUAGCCCCGAUAACUUCCCGUAUGGAGCAUGGCUGCGUGCGGGUUCUAGACGUCAGGUGCAACCUGUGGGCGCAAAGUGGUUACUUGCUGAGCUUCCUUCAAAACCAAAUGUCACACCAUCAUCUGAUAUUCUUGUUAGCCCGCUGGAAUUAGUAGAGAGAGUGGAAAGCAGUGGUCUGCAAGGCGAUCUAAAGCGCCGUAGGGAUGACACGAUUGAAAGUAGUGACACGCACGGAAAGGAUAUUGUAAUGUCAGAUGGUCCAAAAAACUUGCAGUUGGCGGGUCUGGAGAGCCAAUCCCGCCCUUCCCAAUGA